CCCUUUUUGCAGGUUCAUCGCAACUUCAUCCUCAAUACCCAAUCCUUUCUUCCUCAUCAUCCUCUCUCUCUCUCUCUCUCUCUCUCAAUCCCUUUCGUAUAUACAAGUUACACCAAUUCUUCCCCUAUCCAAUCAAUUACGUUCAUGGCGUCCACCUCCAAGUGGUUCUCCAACACAGGUCUCAGACUCAGUCUUGGUCGCUCAAAGUCAAAACCCAGAUCAAGAUCCUCCAACCCCUCAACCUCUCCCAUGUCAUCAUCACCAUCUACCCCAAAGCCUAUUACCAGAGAGGAUGAACUGAGGGAGGUGUUCCGCCGUUUCGACGGCAACGGAGACGGCAAAAUAUCCGCCUAUGAACUCAGGUCGUAUUUCGGGUCCAUUGGGGAGAACUUGACCCACGAAGAGGCGGAAGGGGUGAUCCGUGACCUUGAUUCAGACGGAGACAAUCUUCUGGACAUGGAAGAUUUCAUGAAGCUGAUGACGAAGGAAGAAGACGAGGAUCUGAAGAAGGCAUUUGAGAUGUUCGAGUGGGACAAAGGAUCGGGGUCCAUAACACCAAAAGGGUUGCAGAGGAUGCUGCAUCGUAUGGGAGACGAGAAGUCGUACGAUGAGUGCGUGGCAAUGAUCAAUGCCUUUGAUGUUGAUCGCAAUGGAGUGCUGGAUUUCAAUGAGAGUUCUUCAAAUGAUGGCCUGAGAUGUGUUGU